UCACCCCCAAAGCUUUUUCAUUUCCCCGAAUUUAGGCAUUUGAAAGAAUCAGUAAACUUCAAAAAAUGGGAAAUAGUUUAGGAGGCAAAAAGAAGACCGUAAAAAUCAUGAAAAUGAACGGCGAAACCAUUAAGUUGAAGACUCCGGUGAACGCCGGCGAUGUGGUCAAGGAUUACCCAGGUCUGGUGUUGCUGGAUUCGGAGACGGUGAAGCAUUAUGGAGUGCGGGCUAAGCCAUUGGAACCUCAACAAGACCUCAAGGCUAAGCGGCUUUACUUCUUGGUGGAGCUGCCCAAGUUCCCUGAAGAUAAAGGCGCGAGGAGGGUCCGGUCGGGGAUAAAUAUGAGCGCCAAGGAGCGGCUCGAAAGCCUAAAGUUGGCUCGGAGGUCGGCGUCAGAUUUGUCGUAUAUGAAAGCACCGAGCAUUAUGGUGGAGAAUGGCGGUGGCGGUGGUGGUGUUGAUCCGUUGAGGGUGAAGUUGAGGUUACCGAAGGCGGAGGUGGAGAGGUUGAUGAGGGAGAGUAAAGAUGAAACGGAGGCAGCGGAGAAGAUCAUGAAACUUUGCAUGGAGAGAAGUGGCGGCGGCGGCGGCGGUGGUGCACCGACGGAGAAACGACGGGUGCAGUGGAAAGACGAUGGUUCCAAGGGCCAUGGGAAAAGAGUGGGAUUUCUUCCUGUGAGCCAAGAACUAAUUCCAGAAUGAGUUUGGAUGUAAAUAUAAGCAGCAGCGGCAGCAGUAGCAGUAGCCAUGCAGAGUCCCUUUUUCUCCAUCUGUAUAUUAUAUGCUUCUUAAUUAAAUACAAUCCUUUUUCUUGGAACGAAUUAAUUUCUUAAUCAUCGUGUUUAAUAUAUAUAUAUAACACAAUAAACAUUAAAAUAUGUUCAGACGAGUGGUUUUAGGAAACUCCCACUGCUUAUUUUGGGAUUAGAAUAGGUUACAAUCACUCAUUUUGGGAGUAUAAUUAUGAGUUAGAUUGCAACGAAAUUAUAAUUAAAUACGAUGAUUAAAAAUAUAUUCGUUUUUUUGCCUUCCAAAACUAGCUCUCUGGUGCUGUGGAAUUAAAUUUUGUAAUCUUGCUUUCAUCAAUGUAUUUUU